CUGUUUUAUUGACUCUUCCCACUCUAGCUCUUUAAAAGCACAGUACCAGACAACAGAGGUUUCAGAGCACAAGAAAGGCAUCUAGGAACAAAUGCUAACUUAGAUUUAAUAAUGGCAACACUGGAGAUACUCCUUUCACAGGUCCCCAGCACAGGCACAUUGCUGACUGCUGUUCUACUUCUUCUGGUUCUUUACUUCAUCUCCUCUGGCUCCAACACCCAGGAAAAAGGAAAGCAACCUCCCGGACCAAAGCCACUGCCUGUCCUGGGAAACCUCUUACAGCUGGACCUCAAGAGACCCGACGAAAGCCUUCAUGAGCUGUCCAAAAAAUAUGGAUCAGUGUUCACAGUGUACUUGGGCCCCAGGAAAGUUGUAGUUUUGGCUGGAUACAAGACUGUUAAGGAGGCUCUUGUGCAACAUGCAGAGGAAUUUGGGAACAGAGACAUUCCUCCUGCAGUAGCUGAGUUUAAUAAAGGACAUGGAAUUAUCUUCAGUAAUGGAGAUGUUUGGAGAGAAAUGAGGCGCUUUGCUCUUUCUACUCUAAGAGACUUUGGGAUGGGCAAGAGAGGGAGUGAGGACAAAAUCAUUGAGGAGAUCCAGUACCUCAAAGAAGUUUUUAAGGCAUUCAAAGGAAAACCAUUUGACACAACCCAACCUGUAAAUUACGCUGUAUCCAAUAUCAUCUCCUCUAUUGUGUAUGGCAACAGAUUUGACUACAAUGAUCCUCAGUUUAAGGCUAUGGUUAACAGAGCCAAUGAGAAUGUCAGGAUUAAUGGCUCUGUCUCUGUGCAGCUAUUUAACAUGUUCCCCUGGAUCGGUCCCUUCAUUAUGAACUGGUGGAAGAUAUGGAGGAAUGCAAAGGCCAACAGAAAGCAGAUAACAGAACUCAUAAAUGGUCUAAAGAACACAUUGAACCUUGAGGAACGUAGAUGCUUCGUUGACUGCUUCCUCAUCCGUCAGCAGAGUGAAGAAGAGUCAGGCAAGAAAGAUUCGUUCUUUCAUGAAGAGAACCUUUUCUUCAGCGUGAUCCAUCUGUUUGUGGCUGGGACAGAUACUACAAGCACAACAAUACGCUGGGGCCUCAAACUUAUGGCCAAGUACCCACAUAUACAGGACCGGGUCCAGGAGGAGAUUGACAGGGUGAUUGGCAGUCGGCAGCCAGUGGCAGAGGACAGGAAGAACUUACCUUAUACAGAUGCAGUGAUCCAUGAAGUUCAGAGACUGGCCAAUAUUGUACCCAUGAGUCUCCCUCACACCACAAGUUGUGAUGUUCACUUCAAGGGUUUUUUCAUUGAAAAGGGAGCUCUUGUGUUUCCUCUGCUGACGUCUGUGUUAAGGGAUGAGAAUGAAUGGGAGACCCCUUACACCUUUAACCCAGCACAUUUCCUGGACCAGCAGGGUCGGUUUUGUAAGAAAGACGCCUUCAUGCCCUUCUCUGCAGGUCGUAGGAUAUGUCUGGGAGAGAGUCUUGCCAGAAUGGAGCUCUUCCUCUUCUUCACCUCUCUCCUGCAGCACUUCCGCUUCACUCCUCCUCCAGGGGUGUCCGAGGACGAACUGGACCUGACAUCAGUUUUAGGGAUCACAUUAAAUCCUUCCCCCCACCAGCUGUGUGCAGUGGCCCGGUCCUGAUUCCCACAUUUUUUAUUACAAUCAUAGCAAAGAGGACAAACCAUUUCACUGUGUAGGAAGGGUGGGGAGACCAUUGAAGAGACUGAUGUCACUCAGCUCAAGUGUAACCCAUAUAUUAGACAUGGUUAUAGCAGUGUGGAUUUAUCAUCAUCAGAGCCUGUGUUUGCACUCCUGAGCAAGUAACUUUAGUUUAAUAUGAAGUCUAAUCAUAUACUGAUUAAGACAAUGUUCUGUCUUCAAGGAAAUGUUGAUAAGCUGUUGUUUUGAGCCUGGCUUUUAUUAGUUUCUGAACUAAGAUUGAUUGCCUCUAGUAAAGUAUUAAUGUCAGUUGGCCUUUUUUUCACGACCUGUUGCAUUUUACAACAAACAAAUUUUAUUUGUGUUUACUUGCAAGGUACACCAUAUGAACUGAAUUGAACCUAAUAACCUUU